CCCGCGCUUUGUUUGGAACGUCAGCUCGUUGGCGGGAUUCAGGCUUCGGGAAGAGACAGACAGCGAUUGUUUUGAGAUAAUUGCAAUGCAGUUUUCAGGCAGAAGAAAGAAGCUGAUCGGCAGCUCUCAGAAUGAUCUGUAUGACCACUGUCUUCAGUUCUAUGGACAGCCUCCUCUGGAAAACAUCUCUCUCACUGAGUUUGAAACCUUCGCAGUGGAGAGGCUGAAAUUGCUCAAGACUGUGGAAAACCUUGGGGUGAGCUAUGUGAAAAAUUCCGAGCACUACGUCAAGAAAUUGGAAGAAUUAUUAAUUAGCGUACACUGUUUAUUUUAUAACUCUUUCUUUUCUUUUUUCCCCCAACAAUCUGCCCUAAUCACCCAGGGUGACCGGAAGGUUCAGGGAGGAACAUCUGAAUAUGAGAAACGAAGAAAAGACCAUAUCUCCCAUUUUAUUCUACGCUUGGCUUAUUGCCAGACGGAGGACCUGAGACGAUGGUUUAUCCAACAGGAAAUGGAUCUUUUCCGUUACCGAUUUGGUGACCUUACUUCGAAGCACAAGACUGACUUUUUGCAUAAAAAUAAUUUGAAGUACGAGACGGUAAGUGCAGAGGAAAAGAAGAGCCUAAAAGACAAGCUCAUCACCUCCAGUUAUGGAUUAAGUGGAAUCACAGUGGAAGAAUAUGACUUCUACAAAGUCCCAUUUCAGGAUGCCCUGGAUUUAGUGCGCACAAGGAAAGUCUACUUGCUGGCUGGAAAUGCCUACAUUCCCCACCACGAAAUUGUCACGAUUGUCCUUAAUGACUUCCGAACAAGACUGUCCAAAGCACUUGCGGUAAGUAACAAAAUUGGAGCCCCAUCCACACAACAAUCAGUGUUCACCACUAGAGAAUCAUUU